ACCAUACCCCGCACUGCCCCGCAAUCCUCCAAAGGACUUAAAUAAAACUGCGCUUAAAACUGUGACAUUUUGGCAACACGGGGCACAGCUGGGUCUGCACUAGUCACUCGGCGUUUGUGAAGUGCACGGGCUGUACACGCGUUCAGAAAGGCCUCACGGUGAGCCAUGUUCAUCCACAUCAUCAUACCAACAGGGAGAAGAAUAGUUGUCGAAGCGGAUCGCUAUGAUACGAUUAAGAGGGUCAAGGAGGUCAUAGGUCAGAAGGAGGACGUGCCCGCCGAGGACCUCCGGCUGCACCACGCCGGCCAGCUCCUCGACGACGACCGCACCCUCGACCGCUGCAACAUCUCCGAGGGCUCUAAACUCACCCUCCGCUUCAGGUUGCGGGAGGACGAGGGCGGCCAGCCCACCUUCCUGCUGCACGUGGUCACGCCCACAGACAAGACCGUGAGCGUGGAGGUGGGCCCCGCGACCACCGGCAGGCAGCUGAAGACCAUGAUCCGGCGGGAGAGCGAGGAGGCCUUCUGGGAGAGCGAGCAGCAUCUGCUGGUGAGGGACCUGGAGAUGCAGGACGAUAAGACGCUGGGCGACUACGGCAUCACCAAGGAGACCGUCAUUCGGAUGCAAAACGUACCAUGCCUGCGUCUCCACAUCGGUUCAAGUCGAGAAAGCUGCGAGGCAUCGGCCUACUCGUGACUCUCCUAAGACACAGAAAAGACGAAAAAGAAAGAAAGAAAGAAAAAGAAAAGUGUUACCAAAAGAAAAAAGGAAAAAUUGUCACAGCACAGUAAGUCGUGUACUACCAGGCAACUGUAAAACCAAAAAAGACGCCCUCGUCGCCACGGCACAUCCCCGUCAGCGACUACAGGUUUCCCAAUCGUGCAUUACAGAUUUCUCUUAACUGUGUUGUUCACCAUUAGACCUUUUUUAAUCCAAAUUUACCACCAGAAAUGUAAGGAAAUCAUUAAAAAACAACAAGAACAACAGUUAAAUACUUUCAGUGAGUGUGUGUAAAUGAAUAAAAUAAUGUUUCAGUGGAUUAAUUAAUAUUAAUCGCUAUUUUGUUGAUUGCGUGAGUUCCUUCUGUCAGUCAAAGAGGAACUCAAUAUUGUUUUUGUUAAUUUCACUUUAGUUGGAGUCUACCAUUUGCAUAUAUUAUAUCUGAUGCACCUGAAUAGAUAUAUUUUACAUCUUAUUUAUAACUGUAUAUGAAUUUGUUCUUUGUUCUUAAUAAAAUAAAUGUACAGUCUAUG